UAUAUAUACUGAUUCUUGUUCAGAGACUCUAGAAAACUAAUUCAGCAACAAAAUGGAUUCUUUACACGUUCUUAGAUCCUUUCUUCUUCUUUUCAUUGUUUUUAAUCAUCUUCCUCGCACAACUACAUCAAUGUCAGAACCAAAAGUCAUUACCAUCGAUGUAAACCAAGCUCAGAAACUUCUUGAUUCUGGCUACACGUUUCUUGAUGUCAGAACUGUUGAAGAGUUCAAGAAAGGCCAUGUUGAUUCAGAAAAUGUCUUCAAUGUUCCUUACUGGUUAUAUACUCCACAAGGUCAAGAGAUUAACCCUAAUUUCUUGAAACAUGUUUCAUCUCUCUGUAACCAAACCGAUCAUCUCAUCCUGGGAUGUAAAUCUGGAGUUAGAUCAUUACAUGCUACCAAAUUUCUUGUUUCUUCCGUAAGUACCAAAAGAUUCAAGAUUUGAAAACCCUGUUUUCUUCUUUAAUCUAUGAGUUUAUUGGUGAGAUAUAAUGCGAUUGUUUAAUCAUGUGAUAGGGCUUCAAGACUGUAAGAAACAUGGACGGUGGUUACAUUGCUUGGGUCAACAAGAGAUUCCCAGUUAAAGUGGAACACAAGGAACUCAAGUAUGAUGAGCUUUGA